AUGCUGCUCGCGGUCUUUGCGACCACCUCGCUCGUGCCGACGGUCCGACUGGCAUCGGCCGCGCCCGUGCUGCGGGUGCCCGCCCCGCCGGUCGCGUCUGGAGUCAUCGCGGGCCUCGCGCCGGCGUUCGGUUCGUAUGCUGACAUCUGGCUCCCCACUCUUCUCUCGGUCGGGGUGCCGGACUUCCUGCUGCACUGGGGCCAUGGCGCCGCGAUGACCACUGUCUUAUUUGCGAUGGGAGGCUACGGCACCUACCUCGGCUGGCAGACACGGCUCGGCAACGGCGAUGACGUCCUUCCGCUCAACCUUGGCAAGCCGAGUCGGCAGAUGCACUCGCUCCUCAUGUCAGGCGCCCUCUUCUUCUUCCUGCUCGGUGGGCAGGGCGGCUUUGUCCUGCUCCGUGGCCAGGGGCAGGAGAUCCUCCAGUCCGCUCAUUCCUCGACUGCUGUGCUGGGGCUCGCCCUGCUCCUCACGCAGGCUGUGCUCGGCAAGACGAUGGGAGACUCCGAGAUGGGACGCUCCGUCCACGCGUACUUGGGCUCGGCAACGAUGCUCGCCCUGGUCGUCCACGCGUACAAUGGGCUGCAGCUCGGGACCUCGUUCUCGUGA